UGGGCGCGCUCGGCCCCGCGGCGGCCGCUGGCGGGGCCCGCGCAGACGUGGCCGCGGAAGUGUGUGGCGGAGCCGGGUCGUGCCACGCCGGGAUGGGCCGGGACGGGCUGGGCUGCGCCGGGCUGUGCUGAGCCGCUCCAAACCGAACCGCGCCGCCUCCCCGUGCCGAGCCGCAUCCCUCGUGGGCAGCCGCCGACGGAGCCAUGUCGCGGGGCAGUGGGAAGGGGCUCAGCCUGAAGGACAAGCUGGACGGGAACGAGCUGGACCUGAGCCUCUGCGACCUGAACGAGGUGCCGGUGCGGGAGUUGGCCGCUCUUCCGAAAGCUACAGUCUUGGAUUUGUCCUGUAACAAUCUCAUUUCCUUGCCGUCAGACUUCUGCAGUUUGAUGCAUCUGGUGAAACUGGAUUUGAGUAAAAAUCGGUUGCAGCAGCUGCCCUUGGACUUUGGCCGCCUGGUCAAUCUGCAGCACCUGGACCUUCUGAACAACCGCUUGGUCACCCUGCCAGUCAGCUUUGCACAGCUCAAGAACCUGAAGUGGCUGGAUCUGAAGGACAAUCCCCUGGAUCCUGUCCUGGCUAAAGUGGCAGGAGACUGUCUGGAUGAGAAGCAGUGUAAGCAGGCUGCUGUCAAGGUACUGGAGCACAUGAAAGCAAUCCAGUCUGAGCAAGAUCGACAACGGCAGCGGAAACUCCAGGCAGAGAGAGAAAUGGAGAAGAAGCGUGAAGCAGAACAGCGAGCAAAAGAGGCUCUGGAGAGAGAACUGCGGAAGCGAGAGAAGGCAGAGGAAAAAGAGCGCAGAAGGCGGGAGUACGAUGCUCAGAAAGCUGCAAAACAGGAGAUGGAAAAGAAAACAAAAAAGGAAACAGUGCACACCCGAAAGCCGGCCUCCAGCUCCCGUCCCCCUCAGCCCCUCCGGCACAAGCCCUCAUGGUCACGGUCAGUGCUGAGAGUCCUGCUCUUUGUGCUGUUCUGCAUCCUCUGUACUCUGGCUGCCUGCAAGCUGACGGAGCUGCAGCAUCAACCUCUGUGCGUCAGCGUGAACACCCUCUACGAGGAUGUGGUGGCUGCUCUGCAGAACCACAAAACCCUGCAGAGCAUGCUACAGCACAACUCACACCAGUGAUUGUCCUGGAUGGGCACUUGCUUCGUCAGCAUCUCCUUCCAUCUUCUACGCAGCCAGAAUUCCUAUGGAAUUGUGUUCUGAUGAAACUGCUUUGAACCAGUCAGCGUUGGUUUGCUGGUCCACUCCACAGAGCAGAGCUAUUGUUCAAACUAUCUUUGUUGUGCAUGUCUCUCAGUUGGCCUGUAACUCCCAUUACUUGUGCACGUUAACCUAAACUUGUUACCACUCCUUGCCUCCAAGUUGUGUCCACCUGGAUUGUGAGGUACAGGAAGCUGACAGUCUAUGGGAAUGGGAACAAGCAGCCCUCACAUCAUCUGGAUGAGACAGCUGUAGCUGUGAGCUAGAGGUGGAAGGUUUUUAAUACAUAUUCAUUCCUUGCUCUCAUUUCUGUUCAUGCUAAAAAUGGUGGUAUGGCAUUACGGGAAUAAUACACCAAGGCCCCACUCCAAGAACAAUGGCAGGCAUGUAGGAUGGCUGUGCAUCCCUAUGUUGGAGCAAAGAGGCUGAUGUGCUAUUGAAAGAAGCUGAAAAUUUUCAAUACAACAGUUUUCACAGCAAUUUGUCUGAACUGGAUGUUUAUGUUGUUAACAUAGUUUUAAUUUUAAUUAGGCCUUUUAGGAACAGCCACAAAUGAUUUCCAAGUACAUGGGAAUAAUUCCUGCCUGCUGCAGCUGCAGAAGCAGCGCUGGGUGGCACUGUGGGAGCACUGCUGGCAGGAAAGGGGACGCCUCAGGCUGGGGGAAGGCUGGGAGGUUUGGUGGUUUCCACCUCAAAAGGAAAACUCACCUCUGCAAUAGUCUGUGAAUUAUUGAGAAUUUCCUUUAAAAUUACUAAAAAUAAUUAAUUUUAAAAUUUCCUUAACUUCCAUCAAGCAGAAGUUUUUCAUAUCCUUAAGGGCUUCGUGAGUAUUUAAAAUGAAGUGCAAGUUUCAGAGAAUAUCUGUGCUACAGACUCUACUGAGACAUUCUACACUGGUCUCCAGAAUCGUUCCCUCUUCUCAUACCUGGGAUUAUUGCUGCCAGGAGCAGUGCUAUGGGGAAAUUAUCACAGCAGUAAACCUUCAUUUUUCUGUAAUCCAGUGGUAAGAUUGUGGUUGCCUGAAUGUCACACAGGAGAGAGCAGCAGCACAAGUACCAGAUUAAAGGAAGGAAAGGCUGCCUCUGCCUUAGGAGGGUGCAUGUUUUCAAAGCUUCCUUCAAACACCUUUAAGCUUUGCUUUGGGUGUCUAACUCAUCCCAUUCUUCAAAAUAUCCUUACUUUCUAUCCAGAAACGUUCAGGAAAAUUACAAACAGCAUCUAAAGCAAUGUUUCCUUCAUGCAGCCCUUCCUGCCAGCAUCCAGAUGAGUGUUGCAUGGGUUGGUGAGCUCGGGCUUACAGAGUUUAUAGAUUCAGGUCAGCAGCACUUCUGGUCAGGCCAGGGCUCCAGCUGGAUGCCUGGAAUGAGUAGGGCAGGUAUGGAUUUUUCCACUGGAGGCAGCAGGGUUCCAAAGAGUUAACUUCCACACAUGGGAUGCAGUUUAAUUCUCUGAGGGCUCAUCUCAGCAAUGCUGUUACAAAAAACCCUCAACUAUCCUUGUGUGCACACAAGUGCUGAUGGCUGCAUGGACAGGCCGUGAUCCCCAAUCUAAUUAAAAGGAAGAUUUUUCCGCCAACUGUUUAGACCUCCUAAUUCCAGCACAUAUAAUCAGAUUUCAAGACUCUCUCUAGAUUAAGCUGUCUGGAGACUGAAUCAGAGCACUCUAAACUUGUAUCUGAAAAUUAGUCUUACUCAUUCCCACCUGCUACAGCAGAACAACAUUUUGUGAUGUAAAGUUCUUUCACCUCGCUAGAGCAGGUGCUGGGGGGGCAGCACCAUGGUGCUCUAGCUUCAGUAUUUGUCCCAAAGGAGGGAGAAGGUAAGUCCUUGCAGUUCAGGAGAGCAACAGGAAGUAUUCCUUUCAACAGAGGACAUACCAGUCUAUAUUCAAGACGCCAUGUUAAGAACCAAAGGUUAUUCUUCAAAAUUAUUUAUUUUAUAGAAAAACAAAUAAAACAAUAUCAGUACUAU